GUCUUUAUCUUGUACGACCUGACCACGACGUACGCUCAUCUCUGGCCGACAUGGGCCUCAGUAGGGAACGUCUCUCGUUAAACCAGCAGGGUCGAAAUCCUUACUCGAGGCACCGUUCAACAAUGACCAGUACUAACUCUCAUGUUUAUAAGGUGCCAUCCCCGCCGUUGGUUUUCCACCCCAUCAUCUUAUUUUGUAUGGCCGCGUCAACCAAGAACAUCCAACUGCCUCAAAUAAGUACGCUCUACCUUGGCCAAGGGUUCGUUUCUUACAAGCAGCUCGGAAAGCUCGUUGGUGUCGAUUCCUUGCCGAACUCAUCCAGGAUCACUCCUCUUCCAUACUCCUUCUGUACCACCCUCGGUAACUUACCACGAAGUCUACUCGAGCAAUACAGUCAAAAGUGUCUUUCUCAAAGAGCAAAGAAACUUCCCACAAGGUUGCCCCGAGUUUCCAUCUGGGAAAACGUGUUGAAAGCAUCAGUUCCCCGUGCUGGCUCGAGUAAGAUAGCGAUGCCCUCGACUACACCUCUGAACGGUAGUGCUGCGAGGUAAAUCCUGGGUCCCCAAACAUUGUCGCCUC